AUGGCUAAAGAGUUUGACUGGUUACACAGUCAAGCAGGCCUUUGCAAAGUAGACCUCUACAGUCCAGACGGACGAAGUGAUCAGGAUCGUAAAGUUAUCUGUUUCGUUGACGUCGCCAACCUUAAAUUAAAGGAGAAAGACAAACACAACAGAGGAUUAUCCGGUGCCGCUGACCCUUCCCUUGACCUGCGUAAUCUUGAAGAAAAGGAAGUAAUUGUAAUAAAGGACAACGAACGAGAUCAUCACACCAAUACUGAAGGAGCAGUCUGCCUUUUCAAACAAGGCUCUUCUGAAGAAGUCAACGUUGUGAGCUGGCUUAGCAACGACCUUCAGAAAUACGCAGUUGGAUUCCAGCAUGCACUAACCCCCACGGGCCCUCAUAAAUCUGCUUACAAUUCGCCUGCACUUCACAAGAUGUCCCAGACCAGUGAUACUUCUUUCCGAGGCUCUGGUUGCCAGAGAGGAGGAGAUGAUCUUUCCUAUUAUGUUAAUAAGCUCUGUUCCUUAGUGGUUCAAAUGGCACAUAAAGAAAUGAAGGAUAAAUUUGAAAGCAGUGGCAGAUGCAUUCGGCAAUCAAUUAAUCCCCGUGGAUCUAACAGCAAGAUUGGUGAUGAUUAUGGAAAACUAUCUCCCAAAUCAUCUCACGACGACCCCAGAAAAGCUUCACUCUUUUAUGGAGAGAUGUCUAAUCAGAAUGGCUACAGGCAGGGAGCUGACAGGCAAAUGUGCGAAAGGAAACAGUCUGGACAGGAUGAUAGUUCUGUAAGCAAAGGGUUGAUGGUGUAUGCAAACCAGGUUGCUUCAGAUAUGAUGUUCUCAUUCAUGAAGACAAUGAAAGUCCAAAAAGGAAAGCAUCCUCCACCUGCUUGUGUGGUGUUAAAGAAGGUACUUCUCAAACACACCAGAGAUGUUAUAUCUGACUUAAUUGACUCCACCAUGAAAAAUCUACACAAUGUCACAGGAGUGCUCAUGACAGACUCAGACUUUAUUAAUACAGUAAAGAAAAACCUCUUCAAUGCAGGAACCCAGAAGUCAACUGAGAUUCUGGAAGCAAUGGUGAAACGCUUAUUCAAAGCAUUGUCAGGGGAUGAUAAAAGGUCUCAAUGUCUAGCAUUCACAGCACUAAAAGCAGGUGCUCAUACAGACUCCAGAACUCAGGGACUGCAGUUUGCAUCACUUAAAAGUGAAAUGCAUGGCCAAGGGAGGGACAAAGGAAAUGGACAAAUGAGGUCCCUUCCAUCUGGAAGCAAAGGCGCAGACAAGCACUGUUCAAUGGAUGUGUACGCUAAAGACCUUAUUGUAACAGCAUUAAUGUUAAUACAGCAACACCUCUUAGAAAAAAACAAGGACCAAGGACUCCGUGAGACAAAUACUACAUCAUUUGGCUAUGUCCAUGACAGGGCUGGUGGUUCCAAAUAUGGUUCAAGGCCAGAUGGUGGCAGGCAAGAUCACCUUGAAUCUCAAAAAGGUGAUAUCUCAAGUAUUCUCUUGUCAAUCAUCCAGAAAGUACUAAGAGAAGCUGGUUUUGCAGAUGAGUCUUCCUCUGACAGGGGGUAUAAGCAGCCUUCCUUUGCUGAGAGCAGACCACAGAGGGCCUUAUCAAAAUCAAAUGGGGGGCCUGAUAUGUAUGACAACAUGGAACAGAUAAACAAACAAUUCAUUGACCAACUGGUGGAAUCUGUGAUGAAGCUGUGCAUGUUGAUGGCUAAAGGCAGUGACUCCGAUGGAAGAUAUAAUGGGGUACCAUUAGGUGGUCCAGGCUCGGAGGUGAUUGUGAAUAACCAGAAUUGCAACAACAGUGCACAGAACAAAGAGCUGCAAGCUGUGCUCCAGUGGCUGGUUGCUUCGCAAUUCAAUGUGCCGAACCUGACCUUCAUGAACGAACAAGAUGGGGAAUUGUCCAGGCUUCCUCAGCUGGCUGAUAAAGCAGCCAAGAAGGGCUACAGCGUAGGAGACAUUGUUCAGGAGGUAAUGAGGUACUACGAGAAACAACAAAUGGAUGCCAUGUCGGGACACAUGCCUCGGUGUGGACUAGUUGACUGGCUGCUUGCUAACCUGUAA